UACUCCAUCUGGGCUGCUGUGUGGAUCGUCUGGAACGUGUUCAUCAUCUGCUUCUACCUCGGAGUAGGUGGCCUUACCGAGGACUCCGAUGUCAUGACUUUCGGAAUCUCCAUGCACCGGUCCUGGUGGCGUGAGCACGGCCCUGGGUGUGUCCGUCAUGAAGCCCCGCCCCCUGGGGCCCCGCCCCCCGAGGGUCACGCCUACAUCUCCAUCACUGGCUGCAUGCUGGAGUUCAAGUACCUAGAGGUCACGCAUUCGGCCAUCAGUAUCUUCCUAUCUCUGCUGGGCUUUGUGUGCGCCUGCUACGUCAUCAGCACUUUCGCCGAGGAAGAGGAGCGCUGCAAGUACUGAGGCCCUGCCAGAAACCCCUUCCCCAAGGUGGACAGAGGUGGGAUGAAAAUUCAAGGACGUAGGAAAAGAAGACAGUUGAAGUGCAUUGUGGGACAGUCUGCGUGCACAUGGAGACCGGCCAGCUGCCCACCCCCAGGCAUAUUCAUCAGAAAAUGCCCCAUGUCUUAUGCUUGUAAUGUUAUACUAGAUACUAUUGCUUUUUUAAAAAAAAAAAAAUAUAUAAAAAAAAAGUUCAUGUUGGCAGGAAUGAUGUCACUGCCGGGGGGAAUCCUCACGUGGGAUUGUGUUUAGGGUUACAAGCAGAGGUCACAUGGGGUCACUGAAUAUACCACACUUUGUAUAUACUUCCACUUUAAAUUUUAAUUUAUAAUGGAGUUUUGUGCCACUUAUCAGAGCGAAGUUUUUCUGCGCUUCUCUGUGUCUAAUGCAUGUUGUGUGCAUGUACUUCCAUUUGCAAGACCUUAUUAAAUCACCCUUGAGUUCAUUAACGA